GUCCCUAAAAAUUGCAUGUAUGGUGGAAUCAAUCCUCUUUAGCAUUAAGGGAGUUGGAUGGGCGGUAGUUCUGCCCCUCCCCAUCACGCACCCACGCACCACUUCCAUAGACAAAGUCUUCUUAACUCCCUUACCUUUCUUUCCGACGUUUUCUUCUCUACCAUAAUUCCAAGAUUUCUUUGCUUGUUUGCCUGCUCCCAAUUUAUUAUUAUUAUUAUUAUUAUUUUCAAAAUCAUUUGCUAAAAAUAAAAAAAGCUUCACGCUUUGUUGUUCUUGAAUCUCGAGGAAACGCCUUGUGCAUCCAUCAUCCAAUUCACGUAACCACCACCCAACUCACUCUUCUUUGCCAUAAAUUCAAUCCAUCUUCUUGAAACCCGUCAGUUACUUUUUUUUUGGGUUUUUUUAUUUCUAUUUAAUCACUGUCAAGCAUUUCUAGACCAGUCCCAUUUCUCUCUCUUGAUCUUCAAGCAGGGCUAUAAGGAAUAAUUUCAUUGAAUUGGAAGAUUUGUCUCUUCUGGUUGCAGCUGUGUGUUUAAAUUUUUACGGUUUAAAAAUGCUGGGAGAAAGCAACAACAACAACAACAUAAUUCCUGUUUUUCUCGAUGAGAAUGGCUUCCAGUACCCAACUAAUGCGUCAAAUCAGCUCCAAUUGUUUGGAAACUAUCAAGCCACUACACCCGUUGGAUUCACCAUGGGUCCAACAAAUUAUUUUGGGAGCGAACAUACCAACACUCCUCUAGUCAGGCCAAGUAAAUGUGGAAGAGAUGUAGAGAACAUUGCCAUGCAGCAUAAGCUUCAAAUUUCCUUGAAUAAUAAUAAUAACAACAACAACAACAAUAAUAAUAUGGGUCUUGAUGAAGCCGAUCCACCAGUGAGGAUGCCCACACACAGCCAAGUUUCAACCGGUUUAAGGUUGUCAUAUGAUGACGAGGAACACAGCUCUUCUGUCACGUCAAGUGGAAGUAUGAGCAAUCCCUCAUCAGUAAUGCUGUCUUUGACUGGAGGUAUUAAAAUGGAACUUGACAGCCAAAAGAGAGAGUUUGAUCAGUACCUUAAGAUUCAGGAAGAAGCACUGACAAAAGGGCUCCGGGAGAUAAAGCGAAGGCACAUGGCAUCUUUUUUGAGUGCCAUACAGAAGGGCAUCGUCACAAAGCUGGAGGAGAAGGAUUUUGAGCUGGAGAACAUCAAUCGGAAAAACAAAGAGUUGGUUGAGAGGAUGAAACAGACGGCCGCUGAAGCACAGAAUUGGUGCUACAGGGCAAAGUACAGCGAGAGCAUGGUCAACAUGCUCAAAACCAACCUCCAGCAGGCAAUGCACAGUGCCGCAGCCGCUGCUGAUCAGAAGGCCAAAGAAGAAGGGUUCGGUGACAGCUGCGAGAUGGACGAUGCCGCCACGUCCGGGAUUUACCCAAACUUCGCCCUCGGCGUGUCUCCGUGGGCCCCACGGGAGAAGAGUGACAUCAGCAUGGUCUGUCGGUCGUGCAAAUCGAAGGAGGUGUCGGUGUUGUUGAUGCCAUGUAGGCAUCUGUGUGUGUGUAGAGAUUGUGAAGGGUCUGUUGGGGGGGUGUGCCCGGUGUGCAGGGUGGUUAUAACAACAAGUGUGCAGGUGUAUCUGUCUUGAAAGAAUAAUACCCAACCAAAAUAUAUAUGGUACAGUUCAAUUAAUCUUAUCACAACAAAAAUAUAUAUUAACUUUGAAAAUCUUGUCUGGUUUGACCCAUUUCUUCAUAUGAAAUGGGUUUGACAUUUUGGAUGCUGCAUUUUGCCUUCCAUAUAUUAUGCAUUCUAGAGACAAUCUUUUUCAAUUCUCACAAAAACCUAUGUCACACCCCAUGGGUAGUCCUCCUUCACACUCUUCCAAGACUGGGGAGAUAUUAAUGAAGCUGAAACCCAUGA